AUGACGUCCCAUCCGGACUGGGGCGUACGGACGAAGGCCACCGACGCCGCGCGCGCCUUCAGCAGCCAAAUCAAAGACCGCUACAGUCCGCCUCUCCCCUGUCCCCUCCUCAUAACCGGCGUCUCCCGCACCAGCAUCGGCGAAGCCCUCGCCCUCGCCAUCGCCGCGCAGGGGCCCGCCCUCCUCAUCCUCGCCUCCCGCACGCGCAGCCGGCUCGACGAAGUCGCCGCGGAGAUCCGGUCGAUCCGGCCGGCGACGGCCGUCAUGACGGUGCAGGUCGACCUGCUGUCACAGGAUUCCGUGCGGCGGGCGGCGGCGCAGAUAUCGGCGGCGGUGCCGCGGCUGGACGUGCUGGUCAACAACGCGGGCAUGGUGACGCAGACGCGCCGCACGUCGCCCGACGGCGUCGAGGCGCAGUUCGCGACGAACCACCUCGGCCCCUUCUUGCUGACGAACCUGCUGGCGCCGAAAUUGCUCGCCGCGGCCGGGGUGGUGGCGGCGGCUGCGGAUGGGCAUGGGAGCGUGGCGUCGGCAAGGGUGGUGAAUGUGUCGAGUUUGGGGUUGAGGCUGUCGCCGGUGCGGUUUCAUGACUACAACGUCGAGGGCAAGGAGGUGCCGCCCGAGGAGCGCGGGCCGCCCGAUGAUAAGGUGCCGAAGGGCUUCAUCACGGCGAGCGAGGACGGGUAUCGCGGGUUCGUGGCGUACGGGCAGAGCAAGACGGCGAAUGUGCUGUUUGCGGUGGGCUUGACGGAGCGGUUGAAGGGGAGGGGUGUGCUGGCGUUCGCGGUGCAUCCUGGAAGCAUCUGGACGAAUUUGAGUAGGGACUUGAACGAUGAGGGCUACGCGACGAUUGCGUCGACGGCGAAGGAUUGGAAGAGUCCGGAUGAGGGAGCUUCGACCAUUGUCGUCGCGGCCUUCGACCCUGCGCUGAAUGAACCGUCGGGUACUUUUCUCUCCGACUGCCAGUACUUCGAACCGCCGGCGUACGCGACAGAUCCUGAGAUUGCAGAAAAGCUUUGGAGCCUGAGUGAGGAAUUGGUUCACGAGAAGUUUGAUCCCUUAUCGAAGCUUUGA